AUGUGUGAGUGUCUGCGUUACCCCUCAGCGGUCUCUGAUGAUUAUGGCCAGAGAGCCCAGGGCCGCUGCACCUCCCAGUCUAUGUCCCAGGACUGCUCCAGCCACAGCCCAUCCGUCACCUCCUGGAGCCCCAUGGCCUCUGCAAGGUCUGUCUUAUUAACUAGCACCAUUAAGGGGGACUCCCCCGCACCCUCUCGUCCCCAACGCCUCCCCCGGUCUACUCCGUCAACCAUGAACACCAGGGCAUCGCAGCCCUCCAUGUGGUCUUUCCUCAGGGCUUGCAUACCCCCCUGGCCCGGGCCAGAGUCUGGCUCCAACGAGCCAACAUUGAAGCCCACGGUGGGGGUGGCAUGGGCCAGCUCACCCUUCUCAAGACAGUGGAGAAGGGUGGACUUCACUGCCCUGUCCAGGUCCACUAGAACGACUUUGGACAUAUGCAUGUGAGACUGUCUGCACAGGGCCAGGCCCAUGACAGACAGGACAUUAGGUUUUUAUGAAGGAUGGAGGUUUCUGCAGAUCUCUGAUGGUUGGAGUCCAUCCAAGCUUUUCCCUUAAAAGCCCAAUGAGUGGAGCAGAUCAGUUAAGCAUCCAAGGCCUUGAAUUGUAUUAUAACCGCUUCAGUUAUUAUCAGCGAAGUCGUGAUGCCUCUUCAUAGUGUUGGUUGGUGAGGAUGCAAUCCAGCUGUAUAUCAAUGAUGUCGCUCUUGCUGCUGGUGACUCUCAGAUCCACCUCUACGCAGACGACACCAUUUUGUAUACAUCUGGCCCUUCAUUGGACACUGUGUUAACAAACCUCCAAACGAGCUUCAAUGCCAUACAACACUCCUUCAGUAGCCUCCAACUGCUCUUAAACACUAGUAAAACUAAAUGCAUGCUCUUCAAUCGAACGCUGCUGGCACCCGCCCACCCGACUAGAAUCACUACUCUCGACGGGUCUGACCUAGAGUAUAUGGACAACUACAAAUACCUAGGUGUCUGGUUAGACUGUAAACUCUCCUUCCAGACUCACAUUAAGAAUCUCCAAUCCAAAGUUAAAUCUAGAAUCGGCUUCCUAUUUCGCAACAAAGCCUCCUUCACUCAUGCUGCCAAACAUGCCCUCGUAAAACUGACUAUCCUACCGAUCCUUGACUUCGGCGAUGUCAUUUACAAAAUAGCCUCCAACACUCUACUCAGCAAAUUGGAUGUAGUCUAUCACAGUGCCAUCUGUUUUGUCUCCAAAGCCCCAUACACUACCCACCACUGUGACCUGUACGCUCUUGUUGGCUGGUCCUCACUACAUGUUUGUCGUCAAACCCACUGGCUCCAGGCCAUCUAUAAAUCACUGCUAGGCAAAUCCCUGCCUUAUCUUAGCUCAUUGGUCACCAUAGCAGCACCCACCCGUAUUCUGCGCUCCAGCAGGUAUAUCUCACUGGUCAUCCCCAAAGCCAACACCUCCUUUGGCCGCCAUUUCUUCCAGUUCUCUGCUGCCAAUGACUGGAACGAAUUGCAAAAAUCUCUGAAGCUGGAGACUCUUAUCUCCCUCACUAACUUUAAGCAUCAGUUGUCAGAGCACCUUACCGAUCACUGCACCUGUACACAGCCCAUCUGAAAUUAGCCCACCCAACUACCUCAUCCCUAUAUUGUUAUUUAUUUUGCUCUUUUGCACCCCAGUAUCUCUAUUUGCACAUAAUCUCUUGCACAUCUAGCAUUCCAGUGUUUUUGCACUAUAGCCUAUUUAUUGCCUUACCUCCAUAACUUGCUACAUUUGCACACACUGUAUAUAUAUUUUCCGUUGUAUUUUUUGACUUUGUUUUUUUACCCCAUAUGUAACUCUGUGUUGUUGUUUUUAUCGCACUGCUUUGCUUUAUCUUGGCCAGGUCGCAGUUGUAAAUGAGAACUUGUUCUCAACUGGCUUACCUGGUUAAAUAAAGGUAAAAAAAAAAAAAACACACCUCUGUGCUGAUAAGAAUGCUCCUACAGUAUAGCUGAAUGCCACUGAACAGUCAUAACCAAAUGAGGAGAUCUCUACUUAUUUUCAUGUGUUUGCAUGCAGCUUUCUAAGCCAGCUCUAUCUCCCUUGGACUGAUCCACCUAGCUGACUGGGAUUUCAAUCACUGGGAAUGGUAACCAUGGCAGUGGCUUCACCUGGUUAUACCUGUGGCACCAGCUGAGUUGAUAAAUUGUUUGUUUGGUUCAUUUAUUUCAGAGCUACUAAAGAAAUGGAAGAUGGAUGUGCCAUUGACUGACAUGAGGGAUAACACAAGGAACAGCUUCUUGCAAAACCUGAAAUAAGAGGAUUAUGUUGAGAAAUGCAAAUAUUUAUCAUAUUUAUGUUUUGGGGGUGUUUAUUCUAUGGUCAGACGGCCAUCUAGUGACCUUUGCCCUAUUCAUUUAGGAUAUACUGACAAUAUACAUCUCUCAGCCCAAACAAUGGGAGUCGUUGUCCACAAAGCGGCAUUGGUGAUCUAGCUCCCUCCUAUACUUUCUUUAGAUUGGUGGAUACAUCUCAUUAUUGUAAUCUUUUUUUGAAUAUUCGAUGAGUGUUGUUGGCGUCAACCGCCUGUAUUCAAUGGAGAGAUGCUAUGCUACUAGCCUCAUUCAAUUCAUUCAUUCACUCAUGCCAUCUCGUGACAACUCUGAUAUAACGUUUUUUCUCAAAGUUGCAGUGAUGUCACGUGGCCUACUUCUGUCAGUACACUCGUAACAACUUAAGCAUUACGACAAUUAUAUUCGAUCAAAUACACCUCACGUAGCAAAUAAGCCAUUCAUUUUUUUUGUUGACCAAAUUCGACACUCAUUGAACACCAUACAAAAACUGCUUCCUUGGCGGGCGAAACAACGCCACCUGCUGGAGGGAGACAGAGUAGGACAGAUUUUCCUUGGAUUUGGGCCUCUCUUACUCUAUGUGACCAUCUCUGCAGCUCUGAAUUCGAUUGCUCUUGGUUGAAUGUUGAUCGCGUAACAUUUAUUGUCUCUCACUUCCGGACACACUAACAUCAACAACGAAGGGAGCUGCUAACAUUAUCGGAGAGGUGGUGGUGGCAGUAGAAAGAGUUUCAGUGACCGGGAGACUAGCUACCUGUCCACCGGUAAUAGCACCAAACUAUCGCAUCUCAUAGGUAGGCUUGGUGGUGUUACGCUUUUAAACAGUUUUAUUUUGAUCUAUUUUGUUUUCCUCCCCGGAAAAGUUGUCAUUAUUGACUAUGGAGCGCUCUUGUAGGUCAGUGAAUGCACUUUGUUGUCAGCUGGCACACUCGUUUACUAACAGUAGCUAGCUACAACUAGAAUAUUUUGUUGGCUUGCUUUCUAGCUAACGUUAUCUAGCCAGGUCCACGGAUUAAUUUAAGGCGAGUGUGGCACUGUGUGAAAUAUCUGAUCACUGUAUAGGUAACGUUAGAUGGCUAGCUAAUCAGCUAAAGUUGUUUAGCCAACUAGUUCCACUAGCUACUCAUUUCAUCAAGACUCAAGAAAAUGUGAAUGCAUUUUCGGUUGUAGCGUUAACGUUAUUUACUUUAUUUUCUGAUAUACUAAACUGGCUAGUUGAGUUUUGCUUGUGUAGUGUCAGAAAAUUGACUCUUGUCUUGAUCUUUUUCGAUUGACAUGUUUGUGUGGUAAUGCCUAGGGUUGAGAUCAAGGGUCUGCAAUCGAUCCUAUAGCAAAGCGCCCACUGAUAAAUUAUUCCUAGCCUAGCUGCCUGCUUUAAAACAGUAUCUCGUUUUCUUUUCUUUUUUUACAUACAGUUGAAGUCGGAAGUUUACAUACACUUACGUUGGAGUCAUUAAAACUCGUUUUUCAACCACUCCACAAAUGUCUUGUUAACAAACUAUAGUUUUGGCAAGUCGGUUAGGACAUCUAAAUUGUGCAUGACACAAGUAAUUUUUCCAACAAUUGUUUACAGACAGAUUAUUUCACUUAUAAUUCACUGUAUCACAAUUCCAGUGGGUCAGAAGUUGACAUACACUAAGUUGACUGUGCCUUUAAACAGCUUGGAAAAUUCCAGAAAAUGAUGUCAUGGCUUUAGAAUGCUUGACAUCAUGAGAAAAUCAAAAUAAAUCAGCCAAGACCUCAGAGAAAAAAUGGCAGACCUCCACAAGUCUGGUUCAUCCUUGUGAGCAAUUUCCAAACGCCUGAAGGUACCACGUUAAUCUGUACAAACAAUAGUACGCAAGUAUAAACACCAUGGGACCACGCAGCCGUCAUACCGCUCAGGAAGGAGACACAUUCUGUCUCCUAGAGAUGAACGUAUUUUGGUGUGAAAAGUGCAAAUCAAUCCCAGAACAAUAGCAAAGGACAUUGUGAAGAUGCUGGAGGAAACAGAUACAAAAGUAUCUAUAUCCACAGUAAAAUGAGUCGUAUAUCGACAUAACCUGAAAGGCAGCUCAGCAAGGAAGAAGCCACUGCUCCAAAACCGCCAUAAAAAAGCCAGACUACGGUUUGCAACUGCACAUGGGGACAAAGAUCGUACUUUUUGGAGAAAUGUCCUCUGGUCUGAUGAAACAAAAAUAGAACUGUUUGGCCAUAAUGACCAUUGUUAUGUUUGGAUGAAAAAGGGGGUUGUUGCAAGCCGAAGAACACCAUCCCAACCGUGAAGCACGGGGGUGGCAGCAUCAUGCUGUGGGGGUGCUUUGCUGCAGGAGGGACUGGUGCACUUCACAAAAUAGAUGACAUCAUGAGGAAGGAAAAUUAUGUGGAUAUAUUGAAGCAACAUCUCAAGACAUCAGUCAGGAAGUUAAAGCUUGGUCGCAAAUGGGUCUUCCAAAUGGACAAUGACCCAAGCAUACUUCCAAAGUUGUGGCAAAAUGGCUUAAGGACAACAAAGUCAAGGUAUUGGAGUGGCCAUCACAAAGCCCUGACCUCAAUCCUAUAGAACAUUUGUGGGCAGAACUGAAAAAGCGUGUGCGAGCAAGGAGGCCUAUAAACCUGACUCAGUUACACCAGCUCUGUCAGGAGGAACGGGCCAAAAUUCACCCAACUUAUUGUGGGAAGCUUGUGGAAGGCUACCCGAAACGUUUGACCCAAGUUAAACAAUUUAAAGGCAAUGCUACCAAAUACUUCCCACUGGGAAUGUGAUGAAAUAAAUAAAAGCUGAAAUAAAUCGUUCUCUCUACUAUUAUUCUGACAUUUCACAUUCUUAAAAUAAAGUGGUGAUCCUAACUGACCUAAGACAGUUAAAAUGUAUUUGGCUAAGGGGUAUGUAAACUUCCGACUUCAACUGUAUGUCUCAGCUCACUGGAUAUAGAACUGACCACAGUUAAGGUCAGUGUUUCACAAUCUGUUCCUCUGGUUGCACAUAUUUGUUCCAGCUCAACACUAACCCACCUGAUUCAUAUAGGGCUUAGCGAUUACUCAGGUUUGUGCUGGGAUAGAAUACAAAUGUGAAACCCUGCGGUCCGUGGGGAACAGAUUAAAUUAUAAUCCGGAAAUGUUUAGAGAUUAUAGGCCAGGACAAUGGUCUGCUCUUUGUUCCGUCUGCUCAAUAUCACCAACUCAAAACACACCAAUGAGAAUUAAAGGUGGCCUGAGGACUAUCUGAGCUAUACAGUAUGUGUGUGUUCUCAGAUGUGUGUGUGACUGUGUUUGUGCCCAUGUGUGCUCUGAUGAUUGUGAAAGCGUGUGUUUGAUCUCUGACUUCGAGUUGUGUGUGCUGUGGUGGUUGUGUAAACUCUGUCUGUCUGUGUUCUCUCAAUGUCUCUUGUCUGUAAUAUUCUGUGUGAAAAGCAGGGGUAGCAUCACCCACCAAGACCACGCACCUGCUCCUCCCUGUAGCCGGGGACACACCCCUCCACCGUCGCAACGGAGACCAAAGCGCACUAUGGUGGAUGUGACAAAAUGGCCGCUGUUUAGCCUGAUGGAAGGCCAGGAGCUCUCGUCCAUACGACAGGCCUGUGUGUUCGGAACCUCCGCCAACGAGGUCAUCUACAUCACCCACAACGACGACGUUAAGUGGCCAGAUGAUUGGAGUAGUCAAUGUGCGCGCAUGUGUGUUUUAUCUGGAGUGACCCCUAGGUCUCUCUUCUGGAAUACACACACACUGCACAUGCUGACUGGUGUCUGUGCUUGUUUCAAACAUCAGUGACCCAUCUCCCUUUCCCUUUCUUAGGUGUAUGUGUUUGGGCUGAACUGCAGUAACUGCCUGGGAACAGGGGACAGCCAGAGCACCAUCCUACCUAAGAAGCUGGACUUUUUGAGUGGGAGGAAAGUGGUCAGCCUCAGCUAUGGCAGCGGACCCCACAUCCUCCUGGCCACAGAGGGUACUACAUCACAUAACACGGCCACAACGUUCAAGAGGACGGCACAGAACGUUGGACAUAGAAAUGUCUUUAAUAGAGUUGACAUGAUUCCCUAAUCCCUAUUCCAGAUGUCUGUUCUAAGUAUUUCUACCACUAUUUGGGGUUUCUAACACACCGUUUCCUCCAUUGUGUGUCAGAGGGCGAGCUGUUUGCCUGGGGCCACAAUGGCUACAGCCAACUGGGGAACGGGACCACCAACCAGGGGGUGGCUCCUGUGCUGGUGUCUGCCAGCCUGCUCAACAAGAGGGUGAUGGAGGUGGCCUGUGGUUCACAUCACUCCCUGGCUCUGACCAACACUGGAGAGGUGAGCGAAGGAAGGAUGGAGAGGCAAAGUGAGGGAGAGAGAGAGUGGGAGAUAGGUGGCUUUUGACUCCUCACCCCAUGAUCCUUAUUAAUGCUGGAGAGGUUAAAAGAUGAAAGUAUAGAGAGAAGGAUGGAGAGAGAAAGAGGAGAGAGAGGUGUGUGGGGGCGGUCCAUGGGGUUCUGCUUAUAUUGAAAAUAACACUUGUGUCUGUAAGAAACAUCUGAGGGACUGGCCAACAACAUUCCAUGGAUUGAGAAACACUGCUCUAAACCCCCUUACCCUAGUCUAAACCCACUUACUGUGACCCGGUAAACCUAAGCUCUGAUAUAAAAGGCCCUAUUGUUACCCUCUGUUUAUUCACUGAGUCAGCUUUAUGUCACUGGUCCAGUGACUGACACCAUUCUAGAAUUAGCCUCUUGUAUUAUCAGGGUAGUGGGUUGGACUUGUAUUGCUGUUAGAUGUGAUGUUCUAUAGUGUUUUGCAUUAUAUUAUUAAACCUGAAGAAAAAGAAGUUAUUCAGUUAAAUGUGAUUCUCUGACCUCCCUGUCUAGGUGUAUGCGUGGGGCUACAAUAACUGUGGCCAGGUGGGGUCAGGGUCCACGGCCAACCAGCCCACCCCCAGGAGGGUGUCCAACUGUCUGCAGAACAAGGUGGUUGUCAGCAUCACCUGCGGUCAAACCUCCUCUCUGGCUGUGGUCGAGAAUGGAGAGGUGGGUGAGAGUGACCACAGUUUGGAUAUGAGGUUGAUAUUAAAUAUGUUAACUAUUUGUAUUCAAUCAGCCAGUGUACUUUAACUUAGUAGGUUCACAAGUAUGCAGCAACCUUGCAGGACACCUAAGAGAGUGUGUGUGUGCGUUUGUUUCUGUCAGGUGUACGGCUGGGGCUAUAACGGCAACGGCCAACUGGGGCUGGGCAACAAUGGGAAUCAGCUGACACCUUGUCGCCUGGUGGGCCUGCAGGGUCUCUGUGUGCUACAGGUGAGCACGCACACACACACACACACACACACACACACACACUACUUCCACUAACGUUAACCCCUCUCUUCCCGUCCAGAUAGUGUCUGGCUAUGCCCACUCCUUGGCCCUAACAGACGAGGGGCUGCUGUAUGCCUGGGGGGCCAACACCUACGGCCAGCUGGGCACAGGCAACAAGAGCAACCAACUCAGCCCAGUCCAGAUCAUGGCUGAGAAGGAGAGGUGAGAAAUGUGUAUAUACACAGGCAGACACACAGUACACAUCAUGGCUGAGAGAGAGAUGAGGCGGUCUAUGAAUACACACUGAUCUCCUCCCUCCUCUCCAGCAGGAUUGUAGAGAUUGCAGCAUGCCACUCCACACACACCUCAUCAGCUAAGACUCAGAGUGGCCAGGUGUACAUGUGGGGCCAGUGUAGGGGUCAGUCCAUCGUCUUGCCCUUCCUCACACACUUCUCCUGCACUGAUGACGUUUUUGCCUGCUUCGCCACGCCCUCAGUCAUGUGGAGGCUGCUCUCCAUGGGUAAGGGUGUGUGUGGGACUGCGCUGGAGGUUCCUGACUGAGUGCGUCCUCUCCUUUUGGCAGAUCAUGAUGACUUUCAUUGUGUUUGUGUGUUCUCUCCAGAGCAUGAUGACUUCCUGACGGUGUCCCAGUCUUUAAAGAAGGAGUUUGACAGCCCAGAGACGGCCGACCUCAAGUUCAGCGUAGACGGCAAAUACAUCCAUGUGCACAAGGCUGUGCUCAAGAUCAGGUCAGGCAGGUUGUUCAUUGGGCUCUAACACAGCAAGAUCAAAUUACCCAGCCAACAUCAAAUACUUUUUUGGAUUAUUGUGAAAGUUUGAAGUUGAAUGGGCUAUUAUUGAGAGUCAAGUUGUUUUACCAGACCCAUUGCAAGUUUCUUUCGUAGUGAAUGAGGAAAUGUGGAUUUUUUUCCACAAUAUAAUAGAACACAGGUUUUACAUUAGGGCUAUUCAAAGGACCCAAAUACACUUAAAGGGAUAGUACAGGAUUUGACAUGAAGGCCCUUAUCUAUUUCCCCAGAGUCAAUAAUGAACUCGUGGAUAAUAUUUAUAUGUAUCUGUGUCCAGUAUGAAGGAAGAGAGGUAGUUCCACGAGCCAAUGCUAAAUAGCUUAGCACAAAGACUGAAAGUAUUUUGGUACAGCUAGCAUGCUUAAAAAUGGUAUCUACAAGUUCAUGUGACUCUCGGGAAGUAGAUAAUGGGCCUCAUUGCCAAAAUCCUGAACUAUCCCUUUAAAUUUAGGAUAUUUAGUGAUACUAACAGCUGUCCUCUCUACACUGCUAGGUGUGAGCACUUCAGGUCCAUGUUCCAGUCCCAUUGGAAUGAGGACAUGAAGGAGGUGAUAGAGAUCGACCAGUUCACCUACCCAGUCUACCGCUCCUUCCUAGAGUUUCUCUACACAGACAACAUAGACCUGCCCCCAGAGGACGCUAUUGGUCAGUCCCACACCCAGCCAUGCCUUACUGACAAGGGAAUUAAUCAAUAGGGAGGGUUAAAGGCUGUGACAGUGACAGUGCUACCAGUCAAGCUCAUAUAUAUUGGGGUAAAACUUGUCUGUAGACCAAGGAUCAUUGAUUUAUAAAAGUCCAGAAACACAGAUGCAGAUACAAUAUACACAUAACUAAGCAAACAAUGUAUGCAAACAUCCCAAGCCAACAGUGAUCCAGACAGUCUAUCCUGUAUCGUUGUCAGGUCUGCUGGACCUGGCCACGUCCUACUGUGAGGACCGCCUGAAGCGUCUAUGUCAGCACAUCAUCAAGAGAGGCAUCACCAUCGAGAACGCCUUCUCUCUGCUCGCUGCUGCCGUGCGCUACGACGCAGAGGUCAGUCCUGCUUCCAUACCUAGCAACAGGUAACCCUUCACCCAAUCUUAACCUUUAGGCAGAUUAACACAUAUCUGACCUUGUACCAGUGGCUAAGAGCAACUUUUACCAAGCCUACUCUACCAGGGUUGUGUUCAUUGGGGCACACCAUAGCAAAGGAAAAUUAAAACGAGCGUUUGUUAUUGGACAAGUUCAAACAAGUGCUAACUUCCUAUUUCCUGCUUAACCACGUGGCGUAUCUAGGACCUGGAGGAGUUCUGCUUUAAGUUCUGUGUGAACCACCUGACGGAGGUGACUCAGACUGCAGCCUUCUGGCAGGUCGAAGGAAACCUGCUUAAAGAGUUCAUCUGCCGAGCCAGCCGCUGUGGAGCCUUCAAGAACUGA